CACUGCUGAGUGCUUGAAGGUUGUGUUUCAGCUCCGCUGUUGUCUGCAGGGUAAUUGUCGACUGAUGAGCUUUGGGCAGCUUUAGGAUUUACAGAGUAUUAUGAGCAGAGAGAGAGAGAGAGAGAGAGAGAGAGAGCCUGCCUUCAAAUGCGAGAGCAGGUGGGGGAGGGAGUGGAAAAGAGAGAGAAAGAGGAGUGCGAGAGGAGAGAGAGUGUGUGGAGGAGAAGCGGUGAAUGGGAAUGACGUGAAAUGGCAGGAAUAAGGAGAGAGCAAGGGAGAGAGAGAGAGAGAGUGGAGGAAUGCGCACACAUGCAUCAGUGCACGAGAUCAGUGUGGCUGUGCUGACUCAAGAGCAUCUAGAGGCUGGAGUCUGCUGUCCUGCCUGAGGGAGGGCUGCCUCUCUUCUUAUACACCACAAGCAGCUGCAGAGCGAGUGUGAGUGAGAGCGUGUGAGAGAGAGAGAGAGAGAGAGAGAGAGAGAGAGAGACGGACAGACAGACACGGGGAGACACUGAGGAACACUCAGUCUACCAGCAGCCAUGGCAGAUACGGACUUUCUGGCUGAAGCUUUGAAGGCUAUAAGUGUGAGCACAGAGCUGAUAGAGGAGGAACUGAAGCCUCAUAUGGACACCCUGCUGAACCUCCUACUGGAGAAGAAAAAGGGCACUGCAGAGCAGAUAGCCUCCAGCGGAGUCCUGCCCACCCUGGCCCAGACUCUGAGGAAUAAAGGCUUGCUCACAUCACAGGUGGCUCUGCUGGUGGCUGAGAUGGCCAGAGAAGCUGCUGUGAGGGAGAGGUGCAUUGAGGCUGGGCUGGUGACCGCUCUGGUUCCUCUGCUGAACAGCUCUGACCAAGACCUGCUGCUGCACACCGGCCGGGCCAUCGGCCGCAUCUGCUUCGACAACACUGUUCAGCAGACUCAGCUGGUGAAGAGCGGUGUCAUCCCCAGGCUGGUGGCCAUCAUGCACCAGUACCCAGAGAAUGACCCACUGGUCAACGUCUGCCUGCUGGCCCUGUGUAACCUCGCUGAUAUGGAUGCCGCAAAAGACGCACUAGCAGAGGUGGGCGUGGCGGAGGUCCUGACAGCCCAGCUAAAGAGGGCCCCGGAUGCAGAGCGCCGCCACCUUAUUCUGGAGGUGCUGGGCUCACUGGGAGAGAGUGAUGCCCUGAAGCUCCAGUUUGUAGAGGCGGGUGUGCCUGAAGCUCUCUCUGAGAUGAUUCGCAAAUUGCAGGGUGACUCUGACCCACAUGACCUCUGCAGUAUAAAAAUAGCUUCCAACCUCAUAGUGACGCUGCUGCUGGGGGACGAGUCAAUGCAGAAGUGUUUUGGAGAGGGGACAGGGAGCGUAUAUCAGGAUGUUCUGUCCUGGCUGCAGUCUUCUAACACCCAGCUUCAGCUGUCUGGAGCACUGGCCAUUGCCAACUUUGCCAGGAAUGACAGUAACUGUGUGAAGAUGAUGGAACUAGGGGUGGUUCCUCACAUCCUGGAUUUGCUGGAGCAUCAUGUAGAUGAGGGUGAUGUGUCGGUGCAGCAUGCAGGCCUCAGCGCUCUCAGAAAUCUCGCCAUUCCAGCAUCAAAUAAAGUGCGCAUGCUGGAGGAUGGGGUGAGUGAGAGGAUCAGGACACUGCUGCGCUCCGACAUGCCCCCUGUCCAGUUCAAACUACUAGGGACCCUGCGCAUGAUGGUGGAUGGACAAGAGGAGGCUGCAACAGUGUUGGGGAAGGAUGAGGUGCUGUUGGCGCGGGUUACAGAGUGGUGUGAAGCGAAAGACCAUGCUGGAGUCAGAGGAGAGGCCAAUCGGCUUUUAGCAGCACUUAUCAGACACAGUCGCUCCCCAGAAGUCAUCCACUCUGUCAUCAAGGCAGAUGGGGUUCAACACCUCAUCUCUAUGGCAACCAGCGAACACGUCAUUAUGCAGAACGAAGCUUUGGUGGCUCUAGCCAUCGCCUCUGCGAUAGACAUCGAGGCAGUGCAGGAGCCGUUCUGGAAUGCUGAUCUGUUACCCACCCUGCAGAAGAUGCUGGAUGACCCUGUCGGGGCAGUGGAGGUCAAAUUUAGCACAUUGGGCCUCAUCUGCAGCCUGGCCAACUCCAGCAUGCUGAAGGAGCAGAUGGAGACACUGAACCUGAAGGACUCCCUGUCCAAACUCUCCAGUCACACCAGCACCAAGCUGGCCUCCCAGGCAGACACAGUGAUGGCUGUGCUGUCAGAAACCAGCUAG